AUGGAUGAUAGCAAUGUGAGUGAUCAUGAGCUCAUAUUUAUUUUUAUUGCAUAUCAGAUUUUCUUUACUAUGCCUAUGAAAAAAAGUUUUUCAAAGUUAAAAUUGUUGAAAAACUACCUGAGAUCUACAAUGUCGCAAGAGAGGUUAAAUAGCUUGGCAAUUUUAGGCAUUGAGAAAAAAUUGCUUGAUGAAAUUGAUAUUGAUACUAUCAUUAGCAAUUUUGCAUCUCAGAAUGUUAGGAGAAAUUUUUGA